AAAGCGCGACGUGGCGAGCAUCCAGUUAUAAAACAAAAAAUAUUAUUGGAUAAUGAUCGUUGGGCUAGAAGGGUAGUCAGAUGACCUGUACUUCCACACACCGUAUAUCUUAACAACUACACCGACGAAACUCGUGUCAGAGUGCGCCUUUAUCUUCCCAGAAUCUUCUCCCAACAACAACAACACCAAUAACCGUUGAAGAUGGCGUUGGGUGUACCCGCCGUUCCGUUCACGUACGUUGUUCACCUUCUCGGUGUUGUCGCCGCCGUGUUGGUGUUGGUCUGGAACUUCCAUUUCAGAGGUGGUUUGGCUUGGAGUUCUACCAACAAGGCUCUCAUCUUCAAUCUUCAUCCUGUUCUUAUGCUUAUUGGCUUAAUAAUAGUUGGAGGUGAAGCGAUUAUAAGUUACAAAUCUCUUCCCUUGAAGAAGGAAGUGAAGAAAUUGAUACACCUUGUUCUCCACGCGAUUGCGUUAAUACUUGGAAUAAUUGGAAUUUGUGCUGCGUUCAAGAAUCACAAUGAAAGUGGGAUUGCCAAUCUGUACAGCUUACAUUCAUGGCUUGGAAUUGGGGUUAUUUCCUUUUAUGGCAUUCAGUGGAUAUUUGGGUUUGUGGUAUUUUUCUACCCUGGUGGGAGUUCAGAGAUAAGACGUGAGUCAGUUCCAUGGCAUGUGUUAUUUGGGCUGUUUGUGUAUAUUUUGGCUCUUGCGACUGCUUCUCUUGGGUUUCUGGAGAAGCUGACAUUCUUGGAGAGUUCAGGAGUUGCAAAAUAUGGUUCUGAGGCUUUACUUGUGAACUUCACUGCAAUAAUCACAAUCUUAUUUGGUACAUUUGUUGUAUUAUCUGCCAUAUCUCAAGCUCCACCAGCUGCUGAUGACUACGCACCCAUAUCAGUUGAUUAAAGUAAUGUUUGCGGUUGUUGGUUUGUACUUGGGACUAAGGGAAUUUCAUAAUUUGUUUAUAUGGUUGGACUCAGUAUGUAUUUCAUCUUUAAUAGUAUCCAUCAAACUUGAAAAUUAUAUGUUGGUUUUGGAUUA